ACCGAUUAUUUAAAGUUUCUAGCAAAAAUCACCUCCACACUACUACAAGAUGUCUAGACGGCUCACAAUGACAACCAUCGCCGGUGUAAGCAUGGUUGGUGUCAUUUUCUAUGCCACACGGAAAAACGAAUCCAAAACAGACAAUUCGCAAAUACGGAGAAACAAAGCUCAAGAAACACGCGAGCUCGGGCUGGGUAGUGCAGGUGUUGGGGGCAACAGAAUGACCGGCGGCCCAAGCAAUGCUGCAGCACCUUCAGGAUCCGAAAGAGAUUCUCAAAGUGGCCAAGUCCAGCUGCCAACUGGCGGUGUUGGCGGCGGCGAAGCCUCGAGUAAAUCGGAUCACUUCAGAUUACAUACAACUUCAAUUUUGAGCGGUGGAGGCAAGGGAACUGCCAGUCGGGAGGAUCACGAAGGAUACCAUGACACGAAAGGCAUUAGCAAGAUGGGCUCCGAAAUUCCAUCAAAGAAAGGCCCUGCCGAUACUUCAGAACACUAGUUGGCCGGUUGCAAAAAAGUUGUCACGUAUCAAUCAAUGGCGUCUGGAUGAACGCCUUUUGCUUCAUCGGCUUUCUGACCUUAUCGUUGGGCAUCUGUGUGAUUCUUGCAUAGCACGUCAAGUGGCUUCUGUAUACGAAAUUCACGCCAUUCUGUAUCAAAUCAGUACGCUCAAGGAUUAUCCGUAAAUGGAUAAUUUUCAGUACUUAGCGAUGUCCAGCUGCCAUCAUACAUAGGGUGUCCUUCUUGGACCUAAUCAUCCACUGGUGAUAGAUAGUACGCAGAUUUAGUGCUGCAGAUCAGCAAGUAACAAUAAUCUCAAGGCUCGCGUCAUGAUCACCAAUACACUACUUUAGCACAUGAAUUCAACUGCAC